AUGGAGAAUCUGAGUCAUAAGAAUGACUUAAACUCUUACUGUCAGAGACUAAACACACCACUUCCAGUUUAUAACACUACAUUCGCAUGUACCGUUUCUGUCGGCGGAAAGACCUUUACCUCCUCCUCGAGUACAUUCACGAACCGUAGAUCAGCAGAGCAAGAUGCUGCUAAGCUUGCAUUACAAUAUCUACUCAAUGAGGAUACAUCUCCUACUACAAAUCUCCGCAAGCUCGUAUGUCAGGACAAAACACGUUGCAAGAUGAUAUUAAAUGAGUUUAUUGACAAGAUAGAGAUGGAAUGUGUAUAUGAGACAGUUCAAGUUGAAAUGGGUCAUGUGUUUGUUUCCUCUUUGGUACUAAACGGCACAUGUUAUAAAGGUGAAUGUGGUAAGAAUAAGAAAGAAGCUGAGCCACUAGCUGCACUUGCUGCUAUCCUCUCCCUUUUAGAUGAUCCUACAUAUGCAACACAUAUUUCUGAGUUUAUCAACUCCAAGUUUAGUGCUUGUGAUUGUUCUGUCACCAGCAACGAGUUCAAGGCUACCACUUCUGAUGGUGAUGUAAUGCGCCCCUUACUCAGCAGGCCUUAUCGAUAA